AUGACUGGACUUCGUGCACUAUCUAUGUCAACACGAUGGCAUGCAGAUGGAACUUUUAAAACAACACCACUUAUUUUCAAGCAAUUGUACAGCUUACAUGCAGAAAUAGGAAACAAUUCUCUAGUGGCGGGUGCGUUUAUAUUAUUGACACGUAUGACCGAAGAAGCAUAUACUAAAUGUAUUUCCUGUUUAAAUACAUUGUUAACACGCAAUUCGACAAAUUUAAAUAUAGUGGUAGAUUUGGAAUUAGCAGCUAUUAAUGCAUUCACAUCUGUAUAUCCUUCAUGUCAAAUAACUGCCUGUUUUUUCCACGUCUUCCAAUGUCUGUGGCGUAAAAUUCAACAAGAAGGCUUACAGACAAUAUAUUCAACAGAUGUUGACUUUGCAGUUAAUGCGAAAAUGUUGGCAGCGUUGACUUUUUUACCAUUACAGGAUGUAGUCCAAGCAUUUGAAGAACUUGUAGACUAUUUAUCUGAAUGUAUUUUACCAGUAGUAGACUAUUUUGAAGACAAUUUUAUUUAG